AUGACGACUUCCACAUAUCUCGAUCGCUAUAGGAGCCUGGCGUAUGCAGAACAAAAGAAAAACCUGCUGAUCGAGGAACUCCUGCAGCGGGUGGCACAGCUCGAAGAUGCAUACGAACAAGAAAAGCUUGACCAUAAUCGCGAGAAACGGUUUAACCGAGAGAUUCAGGUACACGAGAUGGAAUUAAUGGAGCAACUCUCGAGAUUCCAGCUGUCAACGAACCGCAAACCAUAUAUAAUCGCUCUCCUCGAUGGAUCUGGGAUCAUAUUUCAGGAUGAGUUUCUAAAAAAAGGUGGCCAGGGGGGCAAGCUCGCCGCCCAAAAGCUGCACCAGGAGCUUGAGGUCUUUGUGGCCAACCAACUUCCCAGCGCCAGAAGCCCCAAAGUCCUAGUUAGGAUGUACGUCAAUGUGAAAGGACUAAACGAGGCCUGUGUCAGAGGAGGCAUUACGACAGACCCCGCUCUACUGGAGGACUUCACUCGCGGCUUCAACAGUGGCUAUCCUUCAUUCGAUAUUGUGGAUAUUGGCGCUGGAACGGACAGUGCGCAUGAUAAGAUCGCAGAGGCUUUCGAACUGAAUCUAUACAACUGCCACUGCCACCAGCUCCUGCUAGGUUGCGCGGACGAGAAGUCCUUCUUCCAGAUCCUGGGCGAUAGCCUCCACGACAAGGACCUGAUGGGACGGGUGACCUUGAUCGAAGCGCUGCCCUUCGGCGAGAACCUCAACGCCGUGCGCGCAUCCUUCCGAACAAUGAGCUGCUCCGAGAUCUUCCGCGAAUCCAAGAUCUGCCCGAUUUGGUCGCCCUGGAAAGCCGCCGUGGCCACGCAGCCGCGGUCCCUGCUCACACCAUCGCCCAAACUAGAGACAAAGCCAUCGCCACCCCGCGCCUCCCUCACCAGAACAUCCACCAGCGUCAGCGCACCGCUAUCGCCUUACACAUCCUCCUCCCGACCAUCCAGCCCGGAAGAGGAGUUCCAAGUGGUCCGCGGCAAAGCGGCCGCUGCGCCCGCACGCCCUAAGGUUGUCGAGCGCAACAAGUUCGGCCAGCGGGUCGAUCGGCUCGAUCUCAAGAACAUCAAUCAGCAGGAGAUGAACCGGCUCAAGAAGUUGAAGCUGUGCAAUUUCUACUACCUCCAGGGCGAGUGUCCCGUCGACGACUGCCAGCACGACCACUCGCACAAGCUGACCAGGAACGAGCAUGUCAUCUUGGCGGCUAUCGCCCGUAUGAUCCCCUGCCGCUAUGGGCUUGAAUGCGAUGAGCCCGAGUGUACGUAUGGCCAUCGGUGUCCAUAUAGUGAGCCGGGAGAAAGGGAAUGCCAUUGGGGCUCGUCGUGUCGGUUUGAUCCAGCCUCGCAUGGAAUCGAUACCACGAUUGUGAAGGUGACGAAGAUCUAGCGUUUCUGUGCACUAG